ACGAAGGAGCGCGUUCUCUAUCCUCCGCUCCCCAAAUCAAGAAUCGAAUUAGGGCACAGAUUAUUCCAUCAACAAAGAAGAAGAAGAAGAAGAAGAAAUGGGAGGGGAUCAUGGAGGAGGAGGAGGAGAUUUCAGGGCGAAGGUGUGGAGCAUGACGGGUGGGCCCUACUGCAGGCCCAAGCACUGGAAGCGCAACACCGCCAUCGCCAUGUUCGGCGUCUUCCUCGUCUGCAUCCCCAUCGCCAUGAAGUCCGCCGAGCUCGAGCAACGCCCACACCAUCCAGUUCGUCCAAUCCCUUCACAGCUCUGGUGCAAAAACUUUGGCAACAAAGAAUACUGAGCACAAUGUUUCGCAUUACAAAAGGAAAGGGUAUCCUUGCCAUGUAAUCUUGUCUCGUCGGGUGCUUUCUGCACUCCUGUGUGUUGGUUGAGGAUUAGUACUCUUGUCAUGUAUGUGUGCGCUUUGGAACACUUAUUGUGCUUCAUGUGAUUUUGAACUUGAUUAUAAAUAAUCAGUCUUCCUCUGAUAUGGAAAGGAAGUGAAAGGGCACCUCAUUUAUUUUUCA